AUGCUUUCUGUUGCUCAACGUUUAAACUCUGGCACUAAGGCUGCCUCUUCCAGCAUCCCCAUCAGCGCUGGAAAUAAGCCUCAAGUAUUUUUGAGUAAUUCUCCCGAGCGUUCCUUGCGUCAGACCAUCAACCCUGAUACUCUUAUUGUUGUUCCUGAUAACUUUGAGCAUGCAUCCAAGUUGAAAAUCCCCACCAAGGGCAUUUGUGUUCCUCUUAGCAAUUUUUUGGACUCUACUUCUCCUGAUAGCAAAGACAUGUUUGAUGCUCUUAAUAUCCAAAAAGUCAUUUUUAGUGAUUGGUGUUUUAAAAGUACCGAGGCUGAAAAGAAAAAGAUGAUAAACUUUGCCAAAAGCCUUGAAACCCGUUACAAGGCCAAGUUUGGUAGCAAACCCAAGUUUGUCAAGCGCAUUUCCAACGCAGUUGAGGGGAAACUCCUUAAGCGUGGCAGUGUUAGCAGCAUUGGAUCAACACUCACAUCCAAUAGCACUGAGAUUGAAAUGACGAGCAUGACACUUGUUGAAGACGAGUUGUUUGUAGAAAGCAACCAGGUUGCCUUUACUUUUUUCCCCAUUCAAUUUAAAUUCCCAAAUCUCAAGGAGUUUACAUUUACCCAAAUUCUGCACAAGUUUGCGGAAAAGGAGCUGCCAGUUAAUACUGUGGAGAUUCGGGAAUUCGCACCCAUUGCCAGCUUUUUGAGCAUUAUGCCUGGUUUACACCUUCAGCUGACUAAUAUUUCAUGCUUGAGUGAACUUACUCGAAUUGGUACCCAACUUGUUGGACUGGAGCUUUAUCUUGGGGACAGAUCAUAUUACAAGCAGUACGGGAAUAGUUUGCUUGAAAAGCAUUCUUUGGUUCCUUUUGAAAAAACAACUUCUGAUGUUGUUGUUAAGACUCUUCAAGAAGCUGUUUGUCUUGAAACUUUUACAUUUAUCCCCCCUUCAGGGACAACUCCUCAACAGUAUGCAACCAUUAUUAAUGAGGUCAACAAGCUGCCCAAAAUCAAGGAUGUUACUACCAGUCACUAUUACACCAAGGAAGGUACUACCUUGACAGCCCUUGAAUCUCUUAAGCCUGCCGGGAUGACUCGCUGCGCCAUGAAUCUUUUAAUUCUUGAUACCAGUGUCGAACACUUUGGUUCCGGCAAGGUUACCUGUUUGGAGCUCCCCCAGGUUACGAGUCUUGAGGUCCACAUUGGUGCCAAUUGGCAUAUUACCCCUAAGUCUGUUCAGCAGGUGUUGGCACCGCUUAAGCUUCCAAGUCUAAAGCAUUUUGUGAAUGAAACUGGGUUUAUGGGUGAGAAUGGACAUUUCUUGAUUGACCGUGGGGUGAUUGAUAAGUUGGAAACUUUUGAAGCGACUCUCAAGUCGCACUGUCGUGACGCACUUUGUAAUCUGUUGCCUAUUGUGGGGCAAGGGCUUGCAUCAAUGAAGAGCCUUAAGCGGGUUGUUUUGAAGGAGGCUGAAUUUGUGGGGUUUAACAAUGAGCUUUUUGGUUCAACGGCCGAAAACCGCCAGUUUGCUCUUGAGGUGCGGAUCGAGCUUCGGAGUUUUAUGAGGGUUAUUUGUACAAAUUUCCUUGAGUUUGUGCGGCUGACAGAUGCGGCUGGCGGCGGAUCUAAUUGGAGCGAGACAGACGUUGAUUAUUUUAAGGAGAAUAUUGAGCAGCUUUUACCUCAGCCAAACUUGAGCAAUAGCAAAAAACACAUUCCCUUGGAACUUCUGGUGGCAGCUGCCUUGGAUCCGAUGGCUGUAUUGAUGGAGUAUUAUGGAUCUGUUGCUUGGCCUGUGGGUACUGAGAUGGGUCGUCGUCGUUCCAAGAGCAAUAACACGUCAAGUUAUAACUUGGUUCCUCGAGGACAGGCAUAUGAUUUCCGCAUGUUGAGCAUUGUUUUGGAGCAUUGUUUUUGGGAAUUGAUUAUGAGUAAGCUCAUUUCAUUACCUGAUUUGGAAUAUGUUGGAUUUGAGCAGGGCGCUGAUGCUGGUAAUGGGAUGAUGCGGGGUGUUCAGGGGGUGUGUUUUUUGAAUCUUCCUCGGUUACAAAUUCUAGCUCGGGUUCAUUCCAAUUUAAAACAGAUUGCUAUUCCAGACGUUGAGUUUUAUGAGUCUAGGCGGAUUAUGGAAAGUAGUACAACAGGAGAGUCUUGUGUCCAACAACGUAUUUUUAGUCGGGAUGGAGGACUUGGGAUGUAUGUACGGCGCAGAGUAUGUCAGGAACCAGAGAUGUUUACGUUUGGACAGGUGACAGUUUCCAACCGUUGGAGAGUUGUUACGGUGAUUGACGUUAAGAGUUUGCGUCGGGGGGAUUUGGAAGCAAAUGCGCUCAAGGCUCGUGUGGAGAGUGAACGUGAGGUGGAGGCACUUUUGAGGCAAGUUGUGGCGUGUUGUGGGAAUUCCAGCGGAUAUUCACGGCAGAUUUAUGACGGAAGAAGAGCAUUUGAAAGUGGGUUUAAUGGUUGGUUGUAA